ACUACGUGGAGCAUUACCCCACCAUGAUCAAGUGCUUUGGGCCCCUGGUGCAUGUUUGGACAAUGCGAUUAGAGGCCAAACACCGUUUUUUUAAACGAGUGGUGCAUGACGCUCAAAACUUCAAAAAUAUUUUGAAGACAAUGGCAGUCAGACACCAACACAUGAUGGCAUACCAUCUUGCUGCCCCAUCAUUUUUCAACCCUGAAACACAAGCGUCCAGUGUUGACUCUGUUCUGGUUUCAGCUCUACCAGAAGUAGCUCAGCUACACAUCAGAAGACUAACAACUAGUGACACAAUCUACCAGACAUCAAAGGUUACCAUCAAUGGCACAGACUAUGUCUGUGGAAUGUUUUUGUCUGUCGGAGAGAGUGGUGGGCUACCUAGGUUUUGCAGAGUAGAACACAUCUACCUUGUCAAUAGCACCAUUUCAUUCCUUUGUUCUGAUUGUGAGUCCUGGUUUUUAGAACAUCUUGGAUCCUAUGAGCUGUCACCUUCACAGACAAGUCUAUCAAUCCACCUAACGUCUGACUUAAACGAUUCAGUCCCUCUCUCUGCAUACGAGGUAGAAGGCUCGCUUCUGUUGACAGCCAAGAGAUUCAUACAAAUAAAACAAGCCAGUGCAUAAUGGCAGCUGUAUCUCCACAAUCCAUGAUCCUUCGUGUUGUUGAGCCAGACCGGGCUAGAAAAUUAAAACUCAGUUCACGACCAGCCUCUGUUGAUGCACUGAUUGCUGUUAUAAAAGAACAGCUGGAAAUAGACCUUGACUUCAGUUUAAAAUAUGAAGACCCCGACUUUGAUGGAAAACCUACUUCCCUCUCUGACAUUGAUGAGUUGCCACAGAAAGCUGUUGUGCAUGUGUCAUUUGAGCAAGAUUCCAGCUCUGUUGCAUCAACAGAAACAAUGUCAAGUGUAUCAUCCUCAGAACGUGGGAGAAGAUGGCCUUCACAUAUUUUUCCAAUUCCCACAUUCUCUUUUGACGUUGAACUGAAACUUCGGGAAGGUAAUGCCGAUUUUGAGAAGAACAACAAGCACCUUCAGUUAACAAGAGACAUCAAACAUGACAUUUUAGAAAAGCUAGCAUCUGUGAUGUAUGGCUACAAGGCUUAUCCCAGUGAUAAGGAGAUAACAAUGGUAGCUGAGGCUCUUGUGGUAAAAUAUCCUUGCUUGAAAGAAGCAGGAUCUCAGACUGGGUGGAAUGGGUGGAAAAAUAGCCUCAAAUUUAAGAUGGGGAACUAUAGGAGCAAGAUGAGAAGGGCUGGAUGUCCAGAGAUCACUGUAAAUGCUGGAAAAAGAAGUGCAAUGAAUCCUGACAAUGAAUCUUCACAUUCAAAUAUUAAAAGACCCAAACGAGCAGAAGUAAACUUUUUGCCCAACUUUCCCCAAGGAGAAAAUCCCUCAACUCUUGAACAGUUGAGACAGAAAAUUAUUGAUGAAAUGAAGAAAGCUGAGAAGAACUUACCACUUAUAAAAAAGAUGAUGCAAACCACCUUUGCUCUGCAGCGACAGACCAUAGUGAAGACAUGCCCACCAGUAAAAGAGCUAAUGGAACUCUGGCCUGCACUCAAAAUGGAAUCUGAGUUAAUGUGGGAGUUCCAACGGAUUACAAACGAGAACCUGCCCAACACAUUCUACUCUGAGCUUGACCGACAUCUUCCUAGACUGAUGACCCUGUUCAGACAGAAAGCAUCCAGAACCGGGAAGACAUCAGACACUUUAACUGAAAUCCUAAGAAUCCAUGAUGACCAGGAGUUUCAUGACAUACACACCAAACGUGUCACUGUUCUUCAUGCUCUUCCCGUGUAUCUAUGUGAGGACGUCUCUGGGUUUUUAAGGACCUGCAUGGACACAUCUGAUGAGCCAGAGCUUUUAGAUGUUGCAGUGGCCCUCCUCACAGUCAUCAAAGAUAAUGACACAAGUCCAGUUCACUUCCAGCCUGUAAAAAUCUCUGUUGUCAUCGAAAGUGAGAUUGUGGGCAGCCUCUCCAGAUUUGCUGAUGCCUUCCUGGUAAUGUUUGGACUGAUCUAUGCACUACACCUCAACUAUCCCAGGGGACUGACCAACAAUUUUGAAUUCAUUCAAAAGAUUUUACUUGGUCUUGAUGAGGGUAAACUGUCACCCAUGUUACAGAGUCUCAAAAAUGACUUGAUGUGUAUGUAGAAAUGUAUUGGAAAAAUUACUAAGGCCUGGCAGUUUCUCAGUAGUUCAAUGUAAAUUAUUUUUGUGAAAAUAAUGGUUGAAAGGUUUCUGCACUUUUUUCCCCCCACAAUGUGCACAGUGUGCAUUUAUUAAUGGGCACAAUUUUCAUUUAUUAAUGUUAUUUGUGAUUAAUACAGCUCUUGUUCUUUACAGUUGUUAAGUACAGCUGGGUAGUACUUGGUAACAAUACAUGUAAUAUAGUUUUAAAUGGUUCAUGUUUUUCUAAAAGUUCAUGCAGGUUCGUGAAUUUGUAAUGUCAGAGAUGUGGUCUUAAUCUGCUUUUCAGGUUUUAUCAUAGUGCAUCUUUUUUUUGUUUUUGUUUCUGUCUUUUAAAUGAAGUGUUAAAUAGGAAAGGGCAAGAACUCGGCACACUGUAAUUUUAAACCGUUUAAGUUUGUUGAACUUAAAAUAUUUGAGGCAACGAGUUACAUCAAAAAAUUUAGUUUUGAUUCAUAUGAUUUUGAGUCUUGUGUUUUAAAAGGUUUGAGUAACUUGUACUUAAAACACAAAGACAAAAAUUAUAAUAAAUAUUGAGUUCAUUCAACUUAA